UCCUUUCCAGCUCGGCUUCUCGCUUUUUUUCUUGGCGGCGCCGCAGGAGGAGCCUUCCUCUGUGUGUGUGUCUGUCUGUGUGUGUGUGUGUGCGUACCUCGGAGAGGCAGGCAGAGCAAGCCAAGCGGUCUCCCGGAUGGCAGGCGGCGGGAUGCGGACCUCCGCGGCUCCGCUUAGAUCGCGGAUUGCAGCAGCGGGAGAGAAGACCCCCUGAGAAGGAGGACCCCGACCAGAAGGGGAAGCCAAGCCCAGCCUGCCGAGCCUCCGCCACCUCUGCGCUCUCCUCCGACUAUUGCAGCAACCCCCGCUUUGCUUUUGCUGAUUUUGUUUUUGCUGGGAUUUCACCUCUCGCGUGUUUUUUAAACCCCGGUUUCUCCAUCUAUUGACUCAGGACACCGGCAAGCAUUUCUCCUGGGGUUUUGUACCGCCUCUUCCUCCUUUUCCAGACCAAAGCUUUGCCUUUUUCUUUCGCCUCCCCCCCUCCUCCUCCGUGAAGUUGGAACUGCAGCAGCAACAAGGAGGAGGCCAAGAGGCGGGAGGGAAGAAAGAGAGGGGACGGAGCGGGACCCACUCACUCACUCACUCACGCCAUCCUCCCCUUCCUCUGCCUCCUUCCAUCGCUCAGCUCGCUCCGUCCAUGGUGGCGCUGGGGCUUUGCGGAUCUUCCCGAGCAACAGGUCCAGGAACUUGAAAGGAGAGCGGGAAGGGAGGGAGGGAGGGAGGGAGGGAGGAAGGGAUCCCGGCUCUCGCCUGCCUGCCUGCCUGCCUUCCUUCCUUCCUUCCCCUGUGAUGUCUCUCUCCGCCCGGGCCUGCCUCUGCUGCCUGGCCGUCCUCCUCCUGGGCUGGGCCCCGGCCUGGGCGCUGAAGAACCUCAACUACUCGGUGCCGGAGGAGCAAGGCGCCGGCACCGUCAUCGGCAACAUCGGCCGCGAUGCCCGGCUGCAGCCCGGGCCCGGCGGAGGCUCGCCGUCCUCGGAGCGUCCCCGCGGAGGAGGGAAGUCCACCUUCCGCGUGCUGGAGAACUCGGCGCCGCACCUGCUGGACGUGGACGGCGAGAGCGGCCUGCUCUACACCAAGCAGCGCCUGGACCGCGAGGCGCUGUGCCGGCGCAGCGCCAAGUGCCAGCUCUCCCUCGAGGUCUUCGCCAACGACCAGGAGAUCUGCAUGAUCAAGGUGGAGAUCCAGGACCUCAACGACAACGCGCCGGCCUUCCCCUCCGACCAGGUGGACCUCGACAUCUCAGAGAACGCGGCGCCGGGCACGCGCUUCCCCUUGGCCAGCGCCCACGACCCCGACGCCGCCGAGAACGGGCUCCGGACCUACCUGCUCACCCGCGACGACUACGGGCUCUUCGCGCUGGACGUCAAAGCCCGCGGCGACGGCACCAAGUUCCCGGAAUUGGUGGUGCAGAAGCCGCUGGACCGCGAGGAGCAAAGCCACCACACGCUGGUCCUCACCGCGCUCGACGGCGGGGAUCCGCCACGCUCCGGCACCGUCCAGCUCAACGUCCGCCUCAUUGACUCCAAUGAUAACAGUCCUGUCUUCGAGGCUGCCUCCUAUGUGGUGGAGCUGCCGGAAAACGCUCCGCUGGGCACUGCAGUGCUCGACCUCAAUGCCACCGACGCCGACGAGGGCACCAACGGAGAGGUGCUCUAUGCCUUCAGCGGAUACACACCCGAGCGGGUGAGGGAGCUCUUCAGCAUCGACCCCCAGAGUGGCCUGAUCCGUGUCAAGGGCAACCUGGACUAUGAGGAGGGUGCGCUGGUGGAGAUCGACGUGCAGGCCCGUGACUUAGGGCCCAACCCCAUCCCAGCUCACUGCAAAGUCACUGUCCGCCUCCUGGACCGCAACGACAAUGCACCCUCCAUUGGUUUCGUCUCAGUGCGGCAGGGGGCCCUCAGUGAGGCUGCCCCACCUGGCACUGUCAUCGCCCUGGUAAGAGUCACUGACCGCGAUGCUGGCAAGAAUGGGCAGCUCCUCUGCCGGGUGCAAGGCGACGGUGGCAGUGGUGGAGGUGAGGGAGCCGUGCCCUUCACCCUGGAGGAGAAUUAUGACAACCUCUACACUGUUGUCACCGACCGGCCCCUGGACAGGGAGGUGCAGGACGAGUACAACGUCACCAUCCUGGCCAGGGAUGGUGGCAAUCCCCCACUCAACUCCACCAAGUCCUUCACUGUCAGGAUCCUGGACGAGAAUGACAACCCGCCCCGCUUCAGCAAGAACCUGUAUGUCCUUCAGGUGCCCGAGAACAACAUUCCCGGAGAGUACCUUGGCUCUGUCUUAGCCAAGGACCCUGACCUGGGCCAAAAUGGCACUGUCUCCUACUCCAUUCUCCCUGGGCACGUCGGUGAUGUUUCCAUCUACACCUACGUCUCCGUCAACCCCACCAAUGGGGCCAUCUACGCCUUGCGCAGCUUCAACUAUGAGCAGACCAAACACUUUGAGUUUCAUGUACUGGCCAAAGACUCAGGCUCCCCCCACCGGGAGAGCAAUGCCACCGUCCGUGUCACUGUCCUGGAUGUCAACGACAAUGCCCCUCUGAUUGUCCUGCCAGCCCUGAUCAAUGACACUGCUGAACUCCAGGUCCCACGCAACGCCGGCGUGGGCUACCCAGUGGGCACAGUGCGUGCCUUGGAUAGUGACUUUGGAGAGAGCGGGCGCCUCACCUAUGAGAUUGUUGAAGGCAAUGAGGAGCACCUUUUUGAGAUGGACCCUACCAGUGGGGAGAUCCGCACCCUGCACCCUUACUGGGAAGAGCUUAGUCCUGUGGCCGAGCUUGUGGUGAAGGUCAGUGACCAUGGGAAGCCCAGCCUCUCUGCAGUAGCCAAACUGAUUGUGCGGGCCUUGGCUGGGCCACUUCCCGAAGCAGGGGAGCCCCAAGUGAAUGGGGAGCAGCACCGACGGCCCCACUGGGACUUGUCUCUCCCCCUGAUUGUCACCUUGAGCACUGUGUCCAUCAUCCUGCUGGCUGCCAUGAUCACCAUUGCUGUCAAGUGCAAGCGGGAGAACAAGGAGAUCCGCACCUAUAAUUGCCGCAUUGCUGAGUAUAGUCACCCCCAACUUGGUGGUGGGGGUGGAGGGGGUGGUGGUGGUGGAGGCAAUGGUGGGGGCAAGGGCAAGAAGAAGAAGAUCAGCAAGAAUGACAUCAUGCUGGUGCCCAGUGAAGGGGAGGACAGUAGAGGGCCCCUGAACGUCAUGAACGUGGUGAGCAGCCCUUCUUUGGCCACCUCGCCCAUGUAUUUUGACUACCAGACCCGCCUGCCCCUUAGCUCCCCCAGGUCUGAAGUGAUGUACCUGAAACCAGCCUCCAACAACCUGACUGUGCCCCAGGGACACGUGGGCUGCCACACCAGCUUCACAGGGCAAGGGACUAACGUCACUGAGGCUCCUCCGAGCCGGAUGUCCAUAAUACAGACAGACAAUUUUCCCGCAGAGCCCAAUUACAUGGGCAGCAGGCAGCAGUUUGUUCAAAGUAGCUCCACGUUCAAGGACCCUGAGCGAGCCAGUUUGAGAGACAGCGGGCAUGGGGACAGUGACCAAGCUGACAGUGACCAAGAUACUAACAAAGGCUCCUGUUGCGACAUGUCUGUUAGAGAGGCACUCAAGAUGAAAACAACUUCAACUAAAAGCCAGCCACUUGAACAAGAACAGCAAGGGAGAGGCCAAAGACCCAUUGUUGGGAUCUGUGGACCAGCCCGCUGUAAGGAAGGAAAAUUUUCAGAACAAGAAGAGUGCAUUAAUUGCACAGAUGAAUGCCGAGUGCUUGGUCAUUCUGAUAGAUGCUGGAUGCCCCAGUUCCCCACUGCCAACCAGGCUGAAAAUGCAGAUUAUCGAACAAAUCUCUUUGUCCCCACAGUGGAAGCUAAUGUUGAGACUGAGACUUACGAAACUGUGAACCCCACGGGGAAAAAGACUUUUUGUACAUUUGGGAAAGACAAGAGAGAGCACACUAUUCUCAUUGCCAAUGUGAAACCUUAUCUCAAAGCCAAACGUGCCCUGAGUCCUCUCCUCCAAGAGGUUCCCUCAGCAUCAAGCAGCCCAACCAAGACCUGUAUUGAGCCUUGCGCCUCGACAAAAGGACCACUGGAUAGUUGUGAAGUCAAACCAGGAGCCUUGGCUGAACCCAGCAGCCAGUACAUGACAGCUACUGACAGUCAGUACCUAUCACCUAGUAAACAGUCCAGAGACGCUGCAUUCAUUGCAUCUGAUCAGAUGGCUAGGGUCUUUGCUGAGGUACAUUCCCGAGUGAGCCGAGACUCCUCUGAGAUGGACGCUGUGUUGGAGCAGAUAGACCGUUCAAACAGGGAACUAGGGAGAGAGUCAGUGGAUGCAGAGGAAGUAGUCCGGGAGAUUGACAAGCUUUUACAGGACUGUCGGGGAAAUGACCCUGUGGCUGUGAGAAAAUGAAACAAAAGAAAACAAAAGACAGCCUGGCAUUUAUUUGCUUCUUCUGCUGAAUUAAAAAAAAUCUCCCCUGGUUCUAAAAUUUAUACAGGGAUGAACGAAGACCAAUGCUGCUUUAAGGCUUUUAGUGAACAUCUGAAGUGCCCACAAGUAUGUUCUUUUCACUGCUCUUUCUUUUUCAGAUAACACUGGUUUCGUUUUUUACCAAACUUUCAUUAGAACAGUGUGAUGUAUGUUAAAAGAAGGAGGGAGGGAAGUGAGGAAAGAAGGAAGGAACGAAGAAAGGACAGAAGGAAGGAAGGAAAGACAGAAAAUUGGUGCCACUUUGACAAUCUAAUAGAAAGUUGUAGAAAAAAGACAAAUGGAACCUGUUAUUUUAAGACUGAUAGUUGAUGUUGACUUCACUGUUUACCUGUAGACCCCAUAAAAAGCAGGGUGGAAUAGUUCUGUGAUAGGUUUCCAGCAGUCAUUACAUGCUUCUACUGAAAAUCCCAAAAUCAGAAACCAAGUAAACAUUCAAAAAUCCCUGUAGUCAACCAAGCUACACCAAGCAUUAACAGUCAUUUGUGAUAACCAUUUCUGUAUAAAGUUAUCUGCCACACACACACAUAGACACACACAAAAGAAAAGAAAAACAAACAAAAAAGAGAGAAAGAAACCCAAGAUCCCAUUCCAUAGCAUUGUUCAGCAAAAAUAUUCUGAUCAUUAGUAAUUCAGCUCAUGUCAUAUUAAAGUUAAAUGUAAAAUGGUAGAGUCCAUGUUUGUCCUGCACACGCAUAAACUAACUCACAAGGUAAGAAGAGGGAGAAGAGACUUUAGUGUCCAGCAGAACUCUAGGCUAGCAGUAUGUUGUAAACCUGAGGCAUAAUAUGAGAUCACAAAUAAUAAUUAUCCUUUGAUGGGUAAUAAUAGAGGAGAUAAAUUAACAUUAUUAACACCUUUUGUAAGUCAUUUGUGGACACUAAAAUAGCUCAAGUGAGUGAAACAUUUCAGACAUCCACGCAAAUCCACAUAAAUCAUUUAAAUGUGCAAAUGUAAGAAGAUUCAAUGUGUUUACAUCAAAUGACAUAUUUUUAUUGAUUUAUUGCAGAUUCAGUGCAUUUGAGCCAAAUUGUUGAGUGUAUAAGAGCUAUAUUGUGUAUUUUAUUAAAUUAAUAUAUAGUUGUGUUGCAAAAAAGAAAUAUUUGGGCUUAUAAUGUAAAUGGCAGAUGUUGCCUCAGUAGCUGUUGAACUCUAUGAGUUUUGUUCUCUCCUUUUUCUUUUCAUUUUCCUUUUCCUUUUUCCCCGCGGAGUGUGGGAAGCAGGGCCUCAGAGCAAAGUCUCUUGUUUAAUGUAUGGUCUACCAAGUACCGCAGUACAUAAUCUGUUCAAAAUGUGUCUUGAGUGAGUUGAUGGAGCUAACUGAACGGCCGACGAAUACAUCCAUCAGUCAUGGUUAUGUGCAAGUCCUUGUAGAAGCUUCUGUCGCAACCCAUGUUUAAUAACAAAAAUUACACUUGAACCAA